AUGGUCAAUUUUUGUCCCCAGUGUGGACAGAAAGUUGAAGAAAUGUUUCACUUCUGUCCUGCCUGCGGAGGCCGGCUUCCGAUUCAAGAAGAAGAACCAAUGCAGAUCACCCCAUCUCCUUCUCUGAAUGAAUUAAAUCGGGACGUCCAGGCUGAGCUACCACAAUCGCCUGACAAGAAAAAGGUGCGGAUAUUUUUUCCCAACAAGGGAAUGUCUUCAAUCCCUUCUCCACCGGGCUCAACAACAUCCCUUUCUCCAAAGGCAAAAGGAAAGGCAGCUAUCCGGUCACCCAAAAAGGAAAAAUGUCCUUGCCUGAAACCUCUUCCGGAGCGUGAAAUCUUGACAGACCUGAACAAUAAAGAGUGGAUGAUUUGGAAGCUUCUGAGCCAAUCUGACCGUGGGCUGAUGUAUGAAGCAAGGUUAACGUCUGAACGCUCACCACAGCACAAAUACACCCUCAAACUGCAUACCAAAGAGGGCAAGCUGUUUAACGAACAGAACUUUCUGCAGCGAGCCGCCAAGAAAGUCACAGUGGAGAAAUGGAAGAAGCAAUAUGUAAUGCCGUUCCUGGGGAUACCUGAAUGUGUUGGUUUUGGCGUCCAUGGGAAUAGCUACAGGUUCCUGGUCUUUCCCGAAUUGGGUCGAUCUCUUCAGUCAAUCCUAGAUGACAACGAAAACAAGAUGGCGGAGAAAGCUGUUUUGCAGCUUGCAGUCAGGCUGCUUGACGUCCUGGAGUACCUUCACGAAAAUGAAUAUACUCACGGGGAUCUGGCUGCUGAAAACAUAUAUGUGAAUCCGGCUGAUCUUACUGUGGUUACUUUAGCAGAUUUCAGCUUUGCCUUUCGAUACAGCCCUGGGGGGAAACACGUCCCUCAGCGGGACUGCAGCCGGACACCUCAUGAAGGCAACUUGGAGUUCAUCAGUCUGGACAGCCACAGGGGAGCUGCUCCAUCCCGUCGAAGCGACCUUGAAUCCUUGGGUUACUGCCUAGUAAAGUGGCUGUGUGGUGCCCUUCCCUGGUCUGCAGAGCUGGCGGAUCCCUGCGCGGUCAUAGAGGAAAAAGAGAGGUGCAAAGCGGAUAUUAUCAAAAGUCCGAGACAGUCCUCUGGUUGGGGAGCCUUACCAGAAUCCAUAAAGAAAUACCUGCAACAAGUAGUGACUUUGGAAUAUGAAGAAAAACCAAACUAUGAAGAACUGCGAAUGUUAUUUACGAGGCCUCUUCAGCUGAUGAGGGCAUCGGCCUAUGACUCAGUGGACCUCAGAGUAGCACCCUAGCUUUCAGAAAGCUGAACGCGGAGAGAAAUGGAGAACAAGAACGAAUCAUAUCUGGCUUCACAAGUCUUGAAAAAUGCAUUUAAGAAUCGAACUCACUGGAAUGUUUUCUCAUUUGGAGCAGUUGGCAGCGUAAAUUGUGUGUGUUUGCUUUUUUUAUCUCUGAUUUUUAAUAGAGAGGGAAGUGAUUUUCUUGGAAAUGUUUGUUGGUUUUUUUUGCUGUGACCUAUUACAGCCUAAAUAGUUAUCCAGGAACAUAAUUUAAUUUAAUGCAUUCUAGCAAAGCUUUCUUUGACAAAUGAUUACUUGCACAUAAUUUAUAAGGGGCCUUUAGCAGCUGCCCAAAUAUUCAGAUCAAGACCUGAACCUUAAAAAAAAAAAAGGGGGGGGGGGUCGAAGGAUUGUAAAUAUUUUAAUUGUUUUUAAUCUUGCCUUUAGUGUCGUAAAAGUUCAUUUUAUUCUGUUGCAUAAAUAUUCUAUUAUUUUAUCCCUAGCUUAAAGAUGUUUUGUCAGACAGAGGGGUGAGAUAGUUUUUAAUCUUUGUGUGUGUUGAUUUUUGUAGUAAAAAGUUGUACGG